CCCCAACUGUAGCAAAUUGUAGCCAUUAGAGCGCUGCACCGCGCGCAGCUGGUGUUAUCUGGAUAUGAAAUGUAACCAAUAAAAAAAGUAUCUCAUGCCAAGCGAUACUUGGUAACCAGUGUAGAAGACUGCACGCUUUUCACUCACACAUUGCACCUUCAAGCAGAAUACAACCUGAGCUUCGCGGGGAACUGCGUUACAACAAGGUUACUGAAGUGCAGUCAGAAAGAAAAACUGAGAAAUCUACAACACGAUGGACUGCCGGACUGUGGCCAAUGAUACACAUUGCUCCAGUUUCGUGAUGGCAUCGAUGUCCGACGUCGUGGCAAGCUUUUUCAAGUGAAGGGACAGAGCGCAUAUAAUUUUAUUGACAGCGAAUGUCCACAGUAUUCAUAGCCAAUUCUUGCCCUUUGCAGUGCAAUUCCGGUGGUAUACGGAAGCAUCCCUAUACUGACACAAAUAAGAGGAAGGAUUACAGCUCCAGUGUUCAACAUAAAGAAGCCCACAUUGCAGCUCGACCAAUAUAUCUUAUUAAUCUUUUACAACGCAAUGGGGUGAGUGUCUCGAGUAACUCUAUUCAACUCUCACUGACUCAUUGCAUUGGACGCUGGUAAAUGACUGUUGCUAUGAGAGAAAAGUUGAGGCUAUGCUGCAGUCAGUCGGGACCAUAUCUCAAAAGGUCAGGACAAUGCUUUUUAAUAUUGGAGUACCUUGUUCUUGAGAAAGAAUACCUCUGCUGCCUUAUAAGAUGUAUCCGCAACAUCGAGAAAGGGAGCAGCCCAUCUUCAGCGCCAGAGCCCAUGUGUUCCAGAUCGACCCAAACACCAAGAGGAACUGGAUCCCCGCCAGCAAGCAUGCCGUCACCGUCUCCUUCUUCUACGACGGCAACAGGAACGUGUACCGCAUCAUCAGCGUGGGUGGUACGAAGGCCAUUAUCAACUGCACCAUCACACCGAGCAUGACUUUCACCAGGACCUCGCAGAAGUUCGGCCAGUGGGCGGACAGCAGGGCCAACACGGUCUACGGCCUGGGCUUCGCUACAGAGCAGCAGCUGCAUCAGUUUUCUGAGCGGUUUAAGGAGGUAAAAGAGGCUGCCCGUCUUGCACGUGAAAAGUCCCAGGAUAAGAUGGAGUUUGUCAACACUGCUCUCAGCAUCGCUGCCCCACAGCUAUCGGAUGACUUGGGGUUUCUCCUCCAGUUCUCACAGGACCUCGGUGACGAGCUCCAGUCUCCGCCGGUGAUGUGUGUGAACGGUCCUGAGGACAAGAUGUUCCGCAGCCAAAGCGCAGACAUCACACUGUCUUCUGAGAAGGAGCGUAUUAAAAAGAUGCUUUCUGAAGGGUCUAUCUGCGAGAUGAACCUGGAGGCAGAGCUCUUCACCCUGCAGGACAGCAACUCCAAGCUGGUGUCAGCGUUACAUGAAGCUAAUAACAACGUGCAGCAGUGGAAGAAGCAGCUAGCUGCCUACCAGGAGGAGACGGAGAGGCUACGAGACCAGGUGGCUGAUCUGGAAGCACAUGGCGGCCACGGUCCUAGUGACAUGCUAAAGGAUGAGCUGACUCGGUCUCUGGAGGAACUGGAGGCCCUGCUCAAGGCUAAAGACGAGGAAAUCCACAUUCUGCAGAACAAGAAAUCAGAAUACCAUGAGAUGGAGCAGGAGAGAGAAGAAGCCAUACAUAGAUUACAGGAGAUGGAGAUGCGUAACCUGGAGCUGGAGCGGCGGGUGCAGAAUGCCGAGCAGAACCUGGCCGCCUCCCUAGAGGAGCGGGACCACACAGAGAGUGAGGUGCAGAGGGCCAUCGAGAUCCUGGAUGUCAAGCUCUUUGACCUGAACGACCUCCGGCAGAGCCUGGUCAAGCUGAUUGACAAAUGAUGCCAAAGAGGAAGGGUCUGUUGGGGAUGGCCAAUGCAAAGAGGGAGCUGGUCCUCUCCUGCUAUAAAGCACAACACCGCUUCUGCUGUGGGAAGAUUGCUGCAUCGCUGUACUGUACUUUCCAGCUUGUUAAGCAAUAUGUUGUGGUGUUACCUAGGCAGUGUUUCCCAACCCAGGUCCUCCAUUGUACAUUUUUAUUGUAACCUGGACAAGCACACCUGAUUCAACUUGUCAACUAAUCAAGCCCUCACUGAGUUGAAUGAGGUGUGUUUGUCAAGGGCCACAACGAAACGGUGUAGUGUUAGGGGUACUGGAGAAUCAGGGUUGGGAAACACUGACCAAGGCGGUGUAUCUGCUGUGUCUGGUGUUGUGCUGCGUUUCAUGUUGCUUUCUUAAGCAACAUUCAAGGCAAUAGUCUAAGUGCUAGGCUGUUUUUUUGCAAUUAGGAAUAUUGUCAAGAAUGAGAACAAUGACAUUAGGUGCUUGUAGAUUUUGAAUUCAAUUGAUUUUAUACAAAUUUGUUAAUAUAAUGGUAUAAUGAGCAAUGUGGAUUAUCUAUUUUAAUUUUCCAGUGAGAGGAGUUGAUUUAUUUUUUCGGGGGGAGAUCUCAGUGCAACCAUGUAUUUGGAAAGGAGCAUUACAUGACGCAGAUGGAUAAUUAAAAAAAUGUGGCUGACAGAAUUCACAUCAAAUUAACAUACAACUCAAGAUAAUUGGUAUUCAAUAACAAGAAAGUAAAGAAUUAGCCUUAUCAAAAUAUUCCGUUUGUUAUACAUCUGAGCAAAGUUAGUGUCACAGAGACCAAAAGAUAUGCCUCUGCAAUAAUCUUGGGACAUCAAUAUGAUUAGCGUAGUUAGGGCUCGAUUCAAUCCAUAACACUGAAGAUCUGCACUGAAGCGCGAUUGAAAUGUACUUUUCCUUUCCAUUUCUAUUGUGCUUGUAGCGCAGGUCUUCAGCACUACAGACUGUUAGUCUUUAACCUGUGAUAUGUUAACGACUCAUGCCUGCUAAUUGUAUACUUUUUUUAAAACAAUGCAUGUGAAGUGCUCUGAGCGAUAAACAGACUGUAAAGAAACAUGUUUAUUGACAGAAACGUCAGAUGUGUCCGGGUACCAGUUGUAAAUAUAUAAAAACUUUAUUGGUACUAUGGCAUGCUGAUAAUAGUGUGAUAUAAGAGGUAUGAGGCAUGGGAGGGUAACUUGCAUACAUGUGAAUAUAUUCCAACCAUCUAAGAACUAAAAGGCACCAAAGAGAGUUGAGUUCUCAAAGUAAGAACUUUCAAAAGCUUGACUCAGAUUCUCAUUUGUGUUCAUAGAAUGUUAAAUUAAAGCUAGAUUAGUCCUGAUAAUUAGGUAGAUGAUUUAGAUGAGCGCUAAGAUUUAAGAGCUUGCUCUUGCAUUAAGUCAAUGUUAAAUUAAGACUUCUCAAAGAGCCAUUGUCUAAUAAUUGAUAGGAAAAUAGUCCGUUCAAUCCGCAGCGCUGGAAAUCUGCGCUAUAACGCUGUAUGUCGGCGCAAUCGGAAAUGACCUUUCAAAUUUAAAUCAGGAAUGCUAAAGCGCUACAGAUUGAACUGAGCUCUUCAUGAAUUUUACAUAAAUAUAACUAUCUUUGAGACUUGAAUGAAUGCAUUUGAUCAGCUCUUAUUUCCCUCCAGCAUAUGUAAUCAUUAAGAGCAGUAGAAGGGGCUUGAUGUUCAGCUUAUAGGAGACAACGCUAUAGGCCUUGUAAGUGGUUGUAUGCAUUUGCAUUUACUGUAAAAAAGUAUUCGUGAUGAAAUUGCAAGUUUCACUGCACAAAUGAUAUUUAGAUUAAGGCACUCAAGUGAAGUGGAGCAAAAUGUUAUUAUUUUUAUGAGCCUUGUUCAAAAUAAACUGUCUAAAAAAUAAAAGGGCAUAGAAUAAUGUGAUCAAAA